AUGGUGGAGCCGCACUUUUCAAGCAUGGCUCGCAUUGGGGUGCCGUCGCCCAAUGUGUUGUACUUCCUUGGCGGCGCUGCCGCCGGUGGCGGGCUUUUUGUUCAGGUGCAUCAUUUUUUCGGCGACACCCACGCGAAUGCCGCAACCACCGCCAUGCUCGCACACGGCGUGGCUGAGGGGGCUGCGUUGGGACUGCUCUCGAGUAGCCCGGACUUUUAUGCCAUCUUUCGUUCCCAGGUGUUUCACGGAGUGCCGGACGGGAUGCUCUUGGCGAUGGUUUCCGUGGAGCGCUCGGGUCUGGCGCGGGCGUUGCUCUCCGCGGUUUUGGCGCGUUCUGGGCAGGCGGUCGCGUUCUACGCCACAGCUGUUUACGCGCCACCCGUCUCGAAGGAGGUGCUGUGGGCCGGCGAGGGCGUGGCGCUUGGAUCGCUGGUGGCUAUGGCGUGGGAGGAGUUGGUUGUGCCAGCUGUCGGUGGUCUUGGAAGGAAAAAGGCGGCUGCCCUCAUAUCGGUGACUGCCUCGGCGUGCUUCUUUUUAUUCAAGUAG